UAAUCAUUUAAAUACACACGACAACACGCUAUCUAUCUUAUAAAACAAUCACAAUGUUAGUAGUUCGGUCUGAGUCCCUAACGCUCGGACAGCGCGGCUUCCUGACGCACGCGGCAGGUCAUUGGACGGCAGACUUGUAACGGGUCGAGCCGCUGGGUUGCAGCGAAGUGACCCCCGCGAGCGUGGUCACGCGUAGCGCCCUCGCGCUGGCAGCGGGAGUGGCGUCGGGUCGGGAGCGCGUUGAGCGCGUGAAUGGAAGCGCUGGGUUUUUGUUUUUUUCUUUUCUUUUCUCAGUCGUCAGUACGCAGCUGGCUGAGGAGUUCUCAAACUGGGCUGUUUUAAGAAGAACAAGGAUACAUAAAAUUCUCCAGUUGAGAAGCCUUUUUUUGGAACGUAUUUCGAUGUAAAUUUUACUUCACAGUUCACAGGACUUAGUGGUUGAGAAACAUUAAUUAGAUGGUCACCAUGGCAUCGGAUGCAAGUCACAUGUUGGAGGCCGCUUUGGAACAAAUGGAUGGCAUUAUUGCAGGUUCCAAGGCGGUGGCAGAGCUGCGCAGCACCCUGUAUGAACUGGGCUCACCUGUGUGCAUAGGGCCCCUGCAGGUGCUACAGCUGGCUGAGGACCUGAGGACGGCGCUGGAGUUGCAGGCGGGCACGGAGGACAGGAAGGCAGUACGGAACCAGCUGCCUAGUGCCACUGCAGAGGCCCUCCUGGAGUGGCUAGAGAGUGGCAUGAUAAAUCAUCGGUCCCCGGUGAACAAUGAAAGCUAUCAGGAGCGUCUUUCUCGCUUAGAGGGGGACAAAGAAUCCUUGGUCCUCCAGGUGAGUGUGCUCACAGACCAAGUGGAGGCUCAGGGUGAAAAGAUCAGAGACUUGGAGACCUCCCUGGAAGAGCACCACCACAAGCUCAGCUCCACGGAGGAAAUGCUACAGCAGGAGUUGCUGAGCCGGACAUCGCUAGAGACACAGAAACUAGAUCUGAUGGAUGAGGUUUCCUACCUGAAACUGAAGCUCGUGGGCAUGGAAGAGGCCCAGAGCAAUGGGGAGGACAAGCAACACAAAGCCGAGUGUGUAGUCAAUCUGAUUAGCGAGCUCCAGGAGCAGAUGUGUAAGUUUCAGCUGGAGAUCAAUACCAGAAUCCAGGAGAAACGGGCCCUGGAGAAGCAGACUGAGUGUAGCGCUGAAGGGGCCCAAGAGAGCCCUAGCGUGGGUCCGCGCACCCUGCCCACUGAGGAGUCCUGUUGCUGUAGGGAAGAGAACGUAGGCUCACCGACUUUGCACGGCCAGAUGCACACCAUGUCCGGCUCUGCCCCACCACAAGGCUUGCUGCAAGAGCUGAGGCAGCUAAAGAACAAAGUGGAUGAACUGGAAGGAGAGAAAUCCCAAUAUGAGCAAAAGCUGAAGGCAACCAAGGCAGAAAUUGCAGAACUUCAGCAUUUACUGGCAGCAAAGGAUGCUGAAAUCGAGUGUCUUCAGAGUCAGCUGCUAUCAAAGAGCCCUGUGUGCAGUGACAGUGCAGAAAGAGAUCAAGAAUUGCAGAGGCUGAAAACGGGAAUGGAGUCAUUGUUAGCAGCAAAUAACGAAAAGGACCGUCGCAUAGAGGAACUGACUGUGCUGUUGGGGCAGUACAGGAACGGGAAAGAAGUUACAGCGCUCACACCAGCAUCCAACGACAAGCUACCCUUGGGCAGCAGUGAGGAGGAGGUGGCAGGUGGGAACCUGAGAGGCCUUGCUCACAAGACCCAAUCGGAGAUUAUUCAACUGGAGGUGUCUUCCAGAGGUUCCUCACCUCUCUCAAUUGGACAAUCUUCAAUUCAGAAAGAGACAGACUUCAGUUGUAGGAGUAUCCAGGUGUCCCCUGAGUCGGCCAUUUCUCCUGGACACACUGGUUUCCAGAAUGGACAGUGGACACAACCACGGAUACUCUCAAGUAGUUUGGAAGAGCUGCAAAGUGGAUCUUUACGAAAGCAUGUAGUGGGGGAACCGGUACAACCUGUUGUAGCAGCAGAGAAUCAACAUAUGGAAAACAAGUAUCAAACCCUUCCUGGAAAGCUGUGUCGGUCUGACCAAAAUGGAAAGAGAGAAACUCCAGCUCAGAAGAAGCCUGAAGAGACUGAAGACAGUGAAUUCAGCCUAAAUCGAUGCCGAAGUGCCAGCGCACCUGUCUUAGGAUAUCGUGGGAAACAUGAUCUUUUUGGAUCUGGAAGGACUCAGAAAACAGAUGAUCCAGCAUCAUCAGAUCUUUCACCUGUAUCAUCUGGUGUUGACUCUUGGCAACAGUCUCCUGUCUCUCCAGAGAACAAAAAGAACCAGAAGGGCAUCAAAAAGUUCUGGGGCAAGAUCAGGAGGACCCAGUCAGGCAGCCUACCCAGAGAUGACCUAGAGCCUACAGAGUUCCGCAGAGGGGGCCUUCGUGCCACAGCUGGCCCACGCUUGGCCUGCACCAGUGAUGGUGGCAGCAGUGUGCGUAACAUGAACACUCCCUUCUCCAAGUGGACAAAAGAGCAGGUGUGUGGCUGGUUGGAGGAUUACGGUCUGGGACAGUAUGUGAACCUGGCCAGGCAGUGGGUCAACAGCGGAGAAACACUCCUCUCAGCUACACCCCAGGAUUUUGAGAAGGAAAUGGGGAUUAAACAUCCUCUGCACAGGAAGAAGCUACAGCUGGCAGUUCGCUCCUUCAGCACGAAAGUGAUUGAGAAGUCUGCUGACCUGGACCACAUCUGGGUGACACGCUGGCUUGAUGACAUUGGCCUACCACAGUACAAAGAUCAGUUCAAUGAAGCAAGGGUAGAUGGCAGAAUGCUUCAGUAUUUGACCCUGAAUGACCUACUAUUUUUGAAAGUCACCAGCCAGCUCCACCACCUCAGCAUCAAGAGUGCAAUCCAUGUGCUCCACAUCAACAAGUUUAACCCCAACUGCCUGAGGCGACGGCCAGGGGAUGAGAAUAAGACAUCACCCACAGAAGUGACACAGUGGUCUAACCACCGUGUGAUGGAGUGGCUGCGUUCAGUGGACCUGGCUGAGUAUGCACCGAACCUGCGGGGCAGCGGUGUGCACGGAGGACUCAUUAUUCUAGAGCCACGCUUCAACUCAGAUGCACUAGCCAUGCUGCUAAACAUUCCACCCCAGAAGACCCUGCUGCGUCGGCACCUGGCCACCAACUUCAACGCCCUAGUGGGCACUCAGGCCCAGCAAGAGAAGCGUCAGCACAUGGAGUCCUCAGGCUACGUACCGCUCACAACCACUGCCAAAGUCCGGCCUAAGAAGCUGGGGUUCUCCAGUUUUGGCCACCUGAGGAAGAAGAAGCUGGAUGACUCCAUGGACUACAUCUGCCCCAUGGACCCAUGCCAGCCAGCCCUUAACGGGGCCCUGCGGCCCUACUCGGGCUUCAGGGGACUUAGCCCCAUCUUCGACAGGGAUGCAGAGAAGCUGGAGCAGGUGGGACAAAAGAUCUGAUACCCUACCUGCUUCACCUCCAUGGCAGUCUGACCCAGUGCCACAACAUAUCCUUCGGCCCCAUGGCCAAGGACUUCAGGAACCAACCACUUAACACGUCUACGUUCCUGCAACAGCAGAUGUUCAAGCAUCGUCAUUUCUUGUAAUUUACCGUAUUAAGUUUUUAGUUAACAUGGUGUUGGAUUUUAGCCAUUGUAAGGAUAUUUGAAAUAAGUACUUCAGAUAACUUCACUGUUCAAACAGUUGUGUAGUAACUUGUGCAAUAUUUGCACAUUUAGAGGUAUUUAAUAUUUAUGUCAGUUGUAUAAUGUACACUUUACAUAAAUCCCUCCAGAUCUUUUAAGGUUUUAAAAGUAUAAAUAAAUGUCACAUUGUUAUUUUGGUAUAAAAUGACCUACAUAUUUUUAUAGUUAACAGCUGUCAUAAUACAGUAAGUGUUCUGUUUUAAAGUCAUUGUUAAUAGUAUGAUGUGUGCUACAUUUAGUUACAGUGAUAAAAUAAAUGCUGAAAUGAGACGGUCUGACUUUGCACAUGUGGUAACAAAAGCAGCAGUACUGCAGGUUGUCUGCCUUUAAUGCCAUGAGGGAGUUGCUUUAUUCAUUGUUUGUUUUGGAAUGUAUGACUCGUAUAAAAUGACUUUCUUCAGAAUACAAAAACAAACAUGGGGAGGCCUAAAUUACUAAGUUCACUUUUUAGGCUGAGUUCUGGCAGCAGUGAAGAAAUGAGUGUACCACUGGCACAAAUGCUCUAAGUUAAUCUGGUUUGUAUUUUUUUUU